AUGAAGCUAACGCUAGAUAAUCUGCUCCAGGGCCUUCGUGGAAUCGCCUCUUUCCUAGUCGUUCUCACCCACCUCGCCCGCGCCUGGGAUUACGACCUCUUCUCCCCACGAGAUAACGAAGAUGUCGCUCCGAGAAUUCUUCAAUGGCCUAUUCUGCGCAUUCCCUGGCAAGGCCGUAUUGGAGUAACUAUAUUCGCAUUUUUGACCGGCUACGUCUGUGGCCUGAAACCUCUCAAACAAUCACGCGCCGGCGAUAUUAUGGGGGCAUUUACAACGAUAUCUAAAAGUGCUUUCCGCAGGCCUCCACGCUUGAUAUUCCCUGCCACAAUUGCUCUGGUAAUCUCUUGGGUCGUUGCUCAGUUUGGAGGCUUUGUUGUGGCCAAUCGAUCAGAUUGUUGGUGGUGUCGGUAUGCGGCUCCGGAGCUGGAAGACUCGCUUUGGGAUGAGAUUCUUCGUUUGGGGAAGAAUUUCUUGUCAACGUGGACAACUGGGUAUAUGGCAUAUGACGAUCAUCAGUGGGCGCUACUGCCCCUUUUGAAGGCAUCUAUGCUUGUAUACAUUCUGCUGUUUGCUACGAUGUUCAUGCGAUUCCGGUACAGGAUGAUGGUUUAUAUCGGGAUGAUGCUAUAUUUCCACCAGGAUGCUGCGAAGGAUACUGAGACAUUCCAACUGCAAGCAGUCUACGGCAUACUCCUCAGCGAUCUCUCCUAUUCAACAACAGUCAAAACCUGGAUUGAAAACCACCCCUACGGCCGAAAAGCAAUUUCCAUCCCAUUAGCAUUCAUCGGCCUCUUCAUCGCCUCUUAUCCAGGCGAGCAUCCAGAAUGGUCCUCAUGGUCAAACUGCCUCCUCAAAAUAGCAGAAUACAUAUUUCCCCCCGGACUCCUCCUAUGGCUGGGCAAGCAAAGCUUCGCCGUCUAUCUAAUCCAUGGCACAUUAUUGCGCGUUGUGCUCGUUUGGAUGCUCUACGGUAUCAGCGGACAGCCGUGGAAUGGAAGUGAAGCCGGUACCGACGAUGAACGAGAUUGGAUACCCCUCCGUCCGCCGGUGGUAGUUGCUCUCUGCAUUCCGAUUUGGAUAGGAAUUGUGUAUGCUUGUGCUGCGGCGUGGACGGCAUAUGUUGAUACAUUUUGUGCUUCCUUGACGCAGAAGGUUGAGCGGGCUGCGUUUGUGGAGGAUGAAAAGGCUCCCUUGCCUUUACCACUUGUUUCGGUUCCUAUGCAGACUGCUUGA